CCUGCCUGCUGCCCUACUGUUUGAUUUAUUUCAUUUUUUCUUGCAAUAAUGGUUCAAGAAUCAUUAACUACUGACCUGGAUCCUUUGUAUAGUGCGCUGAGCCAUUAUAGAAGAAGAAAUUUUGAAAAAUGUAGAACCAUUUGCUCUGAACUACUAGAGAAAAAUCCUUAUGACCAGGUGAUAUGGGCGCUGAAAAUGAAGUCAAUGACAGCAGAAGUGAUGGUGGAUGAUAUCGAGGCAGAGGAGGAGGGCAUAGCAGAGUUGGUCCUUGACAAUGAGACGUUGGCCCAAGCUCCCCGCCCCGGCACCUCACUACGCACCUCUGCCACGGCGCAAACUCCCGGCCAAGCCUUCAGACCGAGGGGUCAAAGCGGUCGACCGAUCAGCGGCAUGAGCCGACCGGGCCAGUUGUCGGAGGCUAGCACCUCCCUGGAGCAGGCUCUGAAGACCCCGCGCACAGCUCGCUCCGCUCGCCCAGUCACCUCGCAGGCGGCGCGCACCAUACGGCUCGGAACCGCAUCCAUGCUCUCUCAGCCCGAUGGACCUUUCAUACAGGUUGCUCGAUCAAAACCUUUGUUCCAAUACAUCUAUUAUCAUGAGAAUGAUAUAAGCAAUGCGAUGGAUCUGGCAGUAGAGGCGACCAAGGCAUGUCAAUUCAAAGACUGGUGGUGGAAGGUGCAGCUGGGCAAAUGCUACUUUUCGCUAGGUCUGACCAGAGACGCCGAACAACAGUUCCGGUCGGCGCUCAAACAGAAUCCGACGGUGGAGGCACUUCUGCGACUGACUCGUGUCUACGUGCGACUCGAUCAGCCGCUGUCUGCGUUUGACGUGUGUCGUGCGGGACUCGACACGUUUCCCGGCGAGGUUACGCUCAUGACCGAGAUGGCACGAAUUUUGGAAGGCUUGAACAACAUACCGUCUGUUAAAUAUUCAAGGAGAUUCUGCAGAAAGAUGCUACAAAUAGAAGCGAUUGCAUGCAUUGGAGUCAACCAUUUCUCUUCGAUCAACCCGAAGUGCUCUCAGAUUCUACAG